GGGUUGAGGUCCCUAUGGGGUCGGGGGGGUCUCUAUGGGGUCAGUGGGGCACAGAUUUGGGGUCAGGGCUCCCUAUAGGGUCAGGAUCCCUAUGGGGCAUCGCUGAGCUCUUCAUUUCCUCCCCCCUCCCCCCUCUUAUUCCCCCUUAUAGCCACCUUGGACCCCCACGGCCCCCCCCCCUUGGAGGACCCCGACCGACGGCCGCUGUCACCCGAAGUGUCACCUGAAGGGUCACCCGUAGGGCCCCCCACCCUACAACCCACCCGGAAACGCCCCCGCCUCAAUGUGACCCCCCCGGGGGUCCCCAAAACCGUUCCCAGUGUCACCUCCAAGUCCUCCAACAACACCGUAACCCCCCCAGCCUUGAUCCCCGUGGAGGAAUUCGUGGACGAUGAUUGGUUGGAGGACGACUUGGGGGGGGCACGGAAAAGGAGGAGGGGGAGGAGGGGGUGGUUGGACCCCCCCAGGGCGGGGGGAACAGUCAGACGACGGCGGUGUUAUGGGAGGAGGGAGGGGGUGGGGAUGGGGGGACUGGGAGGACCAACAGGCAGACUUGGAGGACCGGCAGAAGGACUUGGGGCACCAGCAGGAGGACUGGGAGAGACAGUGGGAGGACCGACAGGCGGACUAGGAGAGACAAUGGGAGGAGCGGGAGGACCAACAGGCGGACUGGGAGGACCAGAAGAAGGACUGGGAGAGACAGUGGGAGGACUGAGAGGACCAGCAGGCGGACUUGGAGGACCAACAGGCAGACUUGGAGGACCAACAGGCGAACUUGGAGGACCAACGGGCGGACGAGGAUGGGAGAGCCCUGAAAGCAGUGAUGGGAGCAAUGGAAGGGGAGGGGAAGAGAAGCUGCCCCCCGCCCCCCCCUCUGCGCCCCCAAUCCGGGUCAGGGUCCGCAUCCAGGAGCUGCUCUUCCUCAUCCCCGUCCCACACGGCCGCUCGGUCUCCUGGCUCUGCUCCCAGGCAGCCCAGCGUCACCUGCAGGCUGUGGGGCUGCUGCCCCAUAUGACCCUACACAAAGAAGGGGCCCUAUUGGCCCCAAACGACCUGGUGGCCGACGUCCUACAGAGCGGCGACGAGGUGACGUUGUCUGGCUGUGUUCCCCAAUGGCCCCAUAUCCCCCAUAAUG